AUGCUAUCAUUAGAAAUACUGUUGGUUCAUGAUGGAGUUCUUACUGUGGGAGUGUUAAUGUAUGGUCUCAGUGAUAUAAAAGCUUAUUCAAACAUGACGAAUAUGUUGACACUGUUUCAUAUGUGCAUAUUUGCAAAGGAAUUUUGUUUAUUUUUCAAAAGACAUGUAUUUUGUUCCCUGCUGAAAGACUUUUUGUUGAACACAGGGUUCAUGAGUACAGGUGACUCACUUCUUCCUGGAAAUCUUGGAAUGAAAGAUCAAGUUCUUACACUGAAGUGCAUAAAACAAAACAUUAAGGCAUUUGGUGGUAAUCCAGAUGAAGUUACUAUUGCUGGUCAAAGUUCAGGAGGAUCUGUAGUACAUUGCCACUUGCUGUCACCAUUAUCAAAAGUUACCACUUGCUGUCACCAUUAUCAAAAGGUAUUGGAAUUAAAAGUCCAUGCCCCUUCACCAUGUGUCAAAAUUAGUAACAGAAAUGGAAGACAUUUACAGAAAAUUUCAGAAACAAAUAAAGGAAGUAAAUCCCACUGCAGUAUGAUAAUAAGGGAUAUAAAAUCAAUUGGAAGCCAAAAAUUUGUGUGUGUGUGUGUGCUUUCUUGA